GCAACAUGCCUUCACCAUCUUGAAUUAAUCAAAUUGAGAUUUCGUUGGGCGAUCGAAAAUGGCAAGUGAAGGAGCGAAGGAUCCAUGGAAAGGAGAAGAGUGGGGGACGAGUGAGAAUCAGGAUCAGAAUCAGAAGAAGCAGAAGAAGCCAAGUGGUGGUGUGAAAAUGGUGGCGAGAGCGAGAAAGCAGAUGCCAAGGGGACUCGAAGACAAGUACGAAGCUUACUUCCUGCCGCGAAAGCCAUGGCCAAAGGCUCUUGCCUUCUAUGGAAGCUUCAUCCUUGGUGGGAUCGGUGCUGGUAUGCUUAUAGAAACUUGGAUCAACAAAAAGGUCAAAGAAGAUGGCGGAGUCAUUUGGGAAUUCGAUAAAUGAAGAGAAUGCGAUUCAAGUCUUCAGAUGUUUCUGGGGUUUUUGUUUUAAAUUUGUUGUAAUAAGCAAACACAGUUUAUCUAUAGACAAAAGACUCUGGCUUG